CGGAUCCUCUGCUUGACAUGUAGUUCAUCCGGUUGUGAGCGAAACUGGAGCACUUUUGAAGGGAUUCAUACGAAGAAAAGGAAUAGGUUAGAUGUCAAUCGUCCAAACAAUUUCGUGUAUGUCCAAUCCAAUGCAAAGUUACUCAAAAAAAGGAAAAAGGACAUGGAUGACUAUAUUGAUUUGCUAUCACGUGAUGCUAGGAAUCCACAAGGGUGGUUGGUUAGUGAGAGUGAAAUUGAUGAAGAUAUUGUCCAUGUUGUUGAAGAAGCAUCUCAGGAAAAUGAAAUACCAAAACCACGGAGUGCCAAGAGAAGUAUAUGAUGAUGACUUUGAAUCGAAGAAAUAAAUCUGAACAUUGAUUUGUUGUCCAAUGGAGAAGAAGAUAUGGCAUAGCUUUGAAGCUGAUUUUGUACUUCCUAUUAAACUAUUAAGGAGUUAUGUUGCCUCUUAACUUGUUCUAAAUUUCUGUUUGCAUUUUGAAUCCUUGAUUACUGAUUAGUUGACUGAAUUUUUAAACUUUUGUUUACCGUUUAUGUUACUUGGG